AUGAGUCAUUAUGAAACCACUCAAGCUUCUUCCUCCUCCUCCUCCUCAUCCCUAUCAUCGACCAACCAUCACUCCCUCACUCAAUCACUUCAAUUCAUGCUUCCUCCAAAACCUCUCAUUAUUGAUAAAUUAAAAGAUUGGAUCCGAGAGGACAUUCCUGCCUUUGAUGUGAGUGCAUCCAUUGUCGGAGAUUCUCGUCAACGUUCAACCAUCUUUUACAAGAUGAAGAAGAAUAGCAAUGGCAGUAUGGAUGGAUCAUCUCAUAAUUCUUCUGUCAUUGUUUGUGGAAUUCCAAUUUUAACCAUUCUAUUUGAAGAAUGUUUUUCCGAACUCUCUGUGAAAUGGCUUGUCCAAGAAGGUGAUAAUUUGAAUGAUGAACAUUUGGUGACACAUUUAAUGAACGAGUAUGGCAAGACUCUCAAAUAUCCAUCACAGAGUCAGUGUGAAAAAACUAAAAUUCCAAUUGCAGUCGUCGAUGGUCCUGUCUAUCAAUUAUUACAAGUCGAAAGAUUAUGCUUAAAUAUUUUGUCUCAUCUCUCUGGUGUUGCCUCCAUUUGCCGUCGAGUUCAUGAUUUACAAAUGGAAGAAACUUGUGAAAAGAAAGGAGGCGGGAAAUUUAGAGGUGAAAUUGCUGCCACAAGAAAAACAACUCCUGGACUUCGACAUUUUGAAAAGUAUGCAGUGUUAGUGGGAGGAUGUAAACCACAUCGAAUGGAUCUUUCUCAAAUGAUCAUGUUAAAAGAUAAUCAUAUUGAUGCCUGUGGAGGUUCGAUUGCGAAUUGUGUGAAACGAGCAAAAAUGUUAUGUGGAAUGAAUACACAAAAAAUUGAAGUGGAAUGUCGAUCAUUGGAAGAUGCGAGACAAGCAGCACUCGCUGGAGCUGAUAUUGUCAUGUUAGAUAAUUUCAAUGCCAUUCAAGCUGAAGAGGCAGCUCGUGUCUUGAUGAAGGAAUUUCCAAAUUUAGUCAUUGAAGUGAGUGGUGGAUUGAAUCCAGAGACUGUUCUCGAUUAUUUGAAACAUUGCGAACAUGUUCAUGUCUUGUCGAUGGGUAUUUUGACAGAGGGAGGUGGAGUGAAGGUUGAUUUCUCAAUGAAAAUUACAGAAAAAUUGGAUUAA